AUGGACGUUGGCACUAUAUAUCGCACUGUGCUGAUGACGUCGUGCGAAUCCUCCUUCUCACGCAUCCACCUGGGCCCGAUUCCUGUCAAGCUCUUCGGGUUCUUGGCCGCUUCUGGGGCUUACCAGAACGUCCCGAACAUAGCCUGCCAGUACCCCAAGGCAGACACGGAGACGGGUGGGUUCCAGUCUCGCUUCUCAACGUCGAUGUAUCAGUUCAAUAUCGACAUGAGCGCCAAGCAUCCAAAGUUUCCUCCUUGA